UUUAUGCUUUCCAGUUCCAGACUAAAAACUGGACGAAUAAUUAAUUUGGCUGUCUGCACGGUUAAUCAAUGGGCACUUGAUUUUACUGGAAAUAAGGAGAGAAUAUUGAAAACCUGUCGAGAUGCUUACGAAAAAGGUUCAAAAAUUCGUCUUGGACCAGAAUUGGAAAUACCUGGAUAUAAUUGUCUUGAUCAUUUUCAUGAACUUGACACUGAACUACAUUCGUGGGAAAUUUUGAAAGAAAUUGUUGAUGAAUCGAUUAAAAUGCCGGACUUAUUAAUUAUCACGGGAAUGCCCAUUCGUUAUAGAUUAGGGCUUUACAAUUGUAUGGUUUCUUUGGCAAAUGGACGCCUUAUUUUUGUUUAUCCAAAAACUGUUUUGGCAAAUGAUGAUAUUUAUAGAGAAGGAAGGUGGUUCGUUUCCUGGGUGCAUAAAAACAAAAUUGUUGAUUUAAAAUUAAAUCCAGAUUUUGGAUUUUCUCAGGAAACUGUUCCCUUCGGAAAUGGCUUUAUUGAAUCAAAAGAUGGUGUUAAAAUAGGUUUUGAAAUGUGUGAAGAAAUGUGGACUGCUCGUUCUCCAAGUAAUGAUUUGGCAUUACAAGGAGUUGAAAUUAUUUGUAAUUCUAGUGGAAGUCAUCAUGUACUUGGAAAGUCUUAUAAAAGAAUUAAACAAUUAGUUUUGGGAAUUACUUCAAAGUUAGGAGGUGUUUAUAUGUAUUCAAAUCAUCGUGGAAUGGAUGGUGAACGAGUUUAUUUUGAUGGAAUGUCUUCAAUUGCACAAAACAACGAUCUUUAUGCCCAUAUACCUCAAUUUGAUUUGGAAGAUACUUGCACUAGAAAUUGUUUAUUAAAUUUGGAUAAAACGACUGUUUAUCGUGGAAAUAUUGCUAGUACCUGUCAAGAGUCAAGUCGUUCCGGAGAUAUGCCUAUAGUUAAUUUUGAUGCGAUCCUUUUAAAUUUGAACACAAUAAAUCAGCAACUUUCACUUCCAAUAGAAGUUAAACCUUUAAGUGAUGUAGAGGAACUUUGUCAUGCUCCAGCUGCAUGGAUGUGGCAUUAUUUGAGGAGAAGCAAACAGAGUGGUUUUUUCCUUCCUCUAUCUGGUGGUCAAGACAGUUCUUCCGUUGCAUUAAUGGUUAGAUUAAUGUGUGAAAAAAUUUGUGAAGCUGUUAAAUUAAAUCCAGAUUCCAACGAUCCUGCCUAUUUUUUGGAAGGCAAAAAAGUUAAUUCUGACCCUUCUUUGUUGUGUAAACAAAUUCUUUUUACUUGUUAUAUGGGCUCGAGAAAUUCUUCACAAAUGACGAGAGAUUUGGCUGCUGGUUUGGCAAAAGAUAUUAAUGCAAACCAUUCGAAUAUUGUUAUUGAUUCAAUUGUUGAUAGUUGUUUACAAACACUUAAUUUUACUCCACAAUAUGAGUCCCCAGACAAAAGAGAAGGCAUCGCUUUACAAAAUUUACAAGCUAGAACAAGAAUGUUAUUGGCAUAUUUACAUGCACAAACAGAUUUAAUAACACAAGGACGUACUGGAAAUUUACUUGUGCUUGGUGCUUCGAAUGUUGAUGAAAGUUUGGUUGGUUAUGUCACUAAAUAUGAUUGCUCUUCAGCAGAUUUAAAUCCAAUUGGAGCAAUUUCAAAGCAUGAUAUAAGAAAAUUUCUUCAAUAUGUUAAUUCUACACAUAAAUUUGUUCAUUUACAAGGAAUUAUAGAUUCAGUCCCUACAGCAGAAUUACGACCUUUAAAAAACGGACAAAUAGUUCAAACAGAUGAAGAAGAUAUUGGAUUAACAUACAACGAAUUGUCUGAAUUUGGAAAGUUGAGAAAACCAGAAAAUUUGGGUCCUGUUGGAAUAUUUAAAAAUUUGUUGAAUUUUUGGAAUGAAAAAUAUAAUAAUGAACAGAUUGCUCAGAAAGUGGAAAUAUUCUUUAGACGGUAUACAAUUAAUAGACAUAAGGCAACGAUUGCUACUCCAGGUUAAUUUUUUUAAUUUUUAAAUUAAAAAUUUUUUUCUCAAAUUUUGUGUUUUUAAACCAAAAUUUGACUUGGCCCCUAUUUAUUAAAAACAAUUCACAGCGUUUAGAGAGGUCAAAACUACUAUAACAUCCCUUUCUUUUUAUUGAUUGAUUAUCGCCCCGCCCCUGAAGAGACGGGCAGAGAAAAUAAGGAUGACGUAACACGGACCUUUUGCCACGCGACAAAAUGCCACGCGACAAAAUGCCACCCGACAAAAUGUCAAAUGACAA